GGAUAAUUAAGGUGGGCACUCUUGCAACUGGUAUUACUUUCCAUAGCGACAGUCUGAGUUAGAGGUGAGAGGCUCCUUGUACUCACACAGAUUUACACUGAAGGCCUCUUUCCCUCAGUGGGUUUCAGGUCCAGGACUAUGGCACCAACCAUCGACCCCAGCAAGAUGGGAGAAGGUCGGGCGAUUGCCGUGCUUACCUCAGGAGGUGAUGCCCAGGGUAUGAAUGCAGCAGUGAGGGCCACAGUUCGAGUGGGAAUUUACACUGGAGCCAAGGUGUAUUUUGUCCAUGAGGGUUACCAAGGUCUGGUGGAUGGAGGAGACAAUAUACGCCCGGCUACUUGGGAGAGUGUUUCGAUGAUGCUUCAGCUGGGUGGGACUGUAAUUGGAAGUGCCCGCUGUCAGGAUUUCCGUACCAAGGAGGGACGCACCAAGGCCGCCUGUAACUUGGUCAAGCUGGGCAUUACAAACCUGUGUGUGAUCGGAGGGGAUGGCAGUCUGACGGGUGCCAACCAGUUCAGAACAGAGUGGAGGGAGCUGCUGGCAAUCCUGCUCAAAGCUGGUAAGAUCACAGCAGCUGAGGCCAAGGCCUCCUCCCAUCUUAACAUUGUUGGCAUGGUGGGCUCUAUUGACAACGACUUCUGUGGCACCGACAUGACCAUUGGCACCGACUCUGCCCUUCAUCGCAUCAUAGAGAUAGUGGAUGCCAUCACAACCACAGCACAGAGUCACCAGAGAACCUUCAUCCUGGAGGUAAUGGGCAGGCACUGUGGGUACCUGGCUUUGGUGACAGCCCUGGCCUGUGGCGCUGACUGGGUGUUCAUCCCGGAAAUGCCCCCAGAUGAUGGAUGGGAGGAGCAUCUGUGCAGAAGACUGACAGAUCAAAGAGGCCGUGGCUCCCGUUUGAAUAUUAUCAUUGUUGCAGAGGGAGCGAUGGACCGCAGUGGUGAAGCCAUUACAUGUGAGGACGUCAAAAAGGUCAGGCAUGACUCCAUAAUACCAGCACACAUACAUAGUAGCUCUUCAUAUGAGAAACACAAUGAUAAUCUGUCUGUACAGCUGGUAUCAAGCAAACUGGGCUUUGACACACGCACCACCAUCUUAGGCCAUGUGCAGAGAGGAGGAACGCCUUCGGCCUUUGACAGAAUCCUGGCCAGCAGGAUGGGUGUGGAGUCUGUGAUGGCUCUGCUGGAGGCAACACCAGAAACUCCUGCAUGUGUGGUCAGUUUGUCUGGAAACAUGGCUGUCAGGCUGCCUCUUAUGGAGUGUGUUCAAGUGACUAAAGAUGUCACCACAGCCAUGGCUGAAGGGAGGUUUGACGAUGCGGUGAAGCUCAGGGGAAAGAGCUUUGAGAACAAUUGGAACACCUACAAAAUGCUGGCUCAUGUGCACAUCCCGGAAAAAAAGAGUAAUAUCAACAUUGCCAUAUUGAACGUGGGAGCUCCGUGUGCUGGGAUGAAUGCUGCCGUUCGUUCAACAGUCAGGGCCGGACUCCUGCAGGGCCACCGGAUGCUGGCUGUCCAUGACAGCUUCGAUGGCCUGGCACAUGGAUUGAUUGAGCCUAUUGAUUGGUCUGGAGUUGCAGGAUGGACUGGAAAAGGGGGCUCCAACCUGGGCACAAAAAGGGCACUGCCACAAGAUUUCAUGGAUGAGAUCAGUCUGAGCAUCGCUAAGUUCAACAUUCAUGCUCUAGUCAUUAUUGGCGGCUUUGAGGCUUUUGUUGGGGGUCUGCAGAUUGUGCAGGCUAGAGAGAAGUUUGAGGAACUAUGUAUUCCUAUUGUCGUAGUUCCCGCAACUGUCUCCAACAAUGUUCCUGGAUCUGACUUCAGUAUUGGCACUGACACUGCACUUAAUACUAUAACCAUGACAUGUGACAGGAUCAAACAAUCUGCUGCGGGCACCAAGAGAAGAGUGUUCAUUGUUGAGACUAUGGGAGGACACUGCGGCUACCUGGCAACAAUGGCUGGCUUGGCAUCCGGAGCUGAUUUUGCUUACAUUUACGAGGAGAAUUUCAACAUUCAUGAUCUAGAGAUGAAUGUGGAACAUCUGGUGGAGAAGAUGAAGACCACAGUGAAGAGAGGACUGAUCCUGAGAAAUGAGAGAUGCAAUGCUAAUUACACCACAGACUUUAUCUUCAACCUGUAUUCAGAGGAGGGAAAGGGUGUGUUUGACUGCAGGAAGAAUGUACUUGGGCACAUGCAGCAGGGUGGAACUCCAAGCCCCUUCGACAGGAAUUUUGCCACCAAAAUGGGGAUCAAGGCAGUGCUAUGGUUGACUGACAAGCUAAAGGAAUGUUAUAGACAUGGUCGUAUCUUUGCCAACUCUUCGGAUUCAGCCUGUGUGCUUGGCAUGAAGAAGAGGUCUUUGGUCUUCCAGCCGCUGUCAGACCUUAAAGAUCUCACUGACUUUGAACACCGUAUUCCAAAGAUACAGUGGUGGCUUAAACUGAGGCCAAUCCUGAAAAUCCUGGCCAAGUACAACACCAAUCUGGACACGACUGAAAAGGCUGAGAUAGAACAUGUCAUCAAGAAGACAGCUGUAGUUCCUUAGUUGCCUACGUUUGUCUAUGGGUCUUCUAUUAAAAGCACCUUGUGAACUCUGACUCUAUAAAAAAGUACAAUAUAAAUAAAGAUCACAAGUAUAUCCAAACACA